GAAGGGAGUGUGGCAGGCGGCACCGGGAAUCCGGAGUGCAGACAUGCCUCGAUAUGCGCAGCUGGUCAUGGGCCCUGCGGGCAGCGGGAAGAGCACCUACUGUGCCACCAUGGUCCAGCACUGUGAAGCCCUCAACCGGUCUGUCCAAGUUGUGAACCUAGAUCCAGCAGCAGAACACUUCAACUACUCUGUGAUGGCUGAUAUCCGGGAACUGAUAGAAGUGGAUGAUGUGAUGGAGGAUGACUCUCUACGGUUUGGUCCCAAUGGAGGAUUGGUAUUUUGCAUGGAGUACUUUGCCAAUAAUUUCGACUGGCUAGAGAAUUGUCUUGGCCAUGUAGAGGAUGACUACAUCCUUUUUGACUGUCCAGGUCAGAUUGAGUUGUACACUCACCUGCCUGUGAUGAAACAGCUGGUCCAGCAGCUUGAACAGUGGGAGUUCCGAGUCUGUGGAGUUUUUCUUGUUGAUUCUCAGUUCAUGGUGGAGUCAUUCAAGUUUAUUUCUGGCAUCCUGGCAGCCUUGAGUGCCAUGAUCUCUCUAGAAAUUCCACAAGUUAACAUCAUGACAAAAAUGGAUCUGCUGAGUAAGAAAGCUAAAAAGGAAGUUGAGAAGUUUCUAGAUCCAGACAUGUAUUCUUUGUUAGAUGAUUCUACAGGUGACUUAAGAAGCAAAAAAUUCAAAAAAUUGACUAAAGCUAUAUGUGGACUGAUUGACGAUUACAGCAUGGUUCGAUUUUUACCUUAUGAUCAGUCAGAUGAAGAAAGCAUGAACAUUGUAUUACAGCAUAUUGAUUUUUCCAUUCAAUAUGGAGAAGAUUUGGAAUUUAAAGAACCAAAGGAACGUGAAGACGAAUCUUCCUCUAUAUUUGAUGAAUAUUUUCAAGAACAGCAGAAUGAAUGAAGAGUUUACUGAAUAGUAAUUGUGUAUAUAUGUGAAGACCUUAUAGCCAGACCAACAGAACAUUCUUCUCUUUGAAGGAUGCAGUAGUAGAAAGCUACUUAUUUUAAUGAAAAAAACAUUACUUUGCUCUUUAUCAGCAGCAUGCCUGAAUGAAGUCUUGAGUUAUUUUGAAACUACUACUAUUUAAAGUGAAAUAUUUUAGUAUUGUUUUAGUAGCAUCAAUUUAGAUUUUAAAAGUCAAAAUUGAAAUGAAUGCACAUAGGUUUGUAUAUAAUAUAAAUUAGCACCUUUGCUACAGGACAGUCACUUUAUUUUUACUGUUUGAUUUUUGUUGUUUUUGAGGGUUUGUUGAGGGGCAGGAAUUAUUGUAACAAUGUACAUAGGUAUAUCCAAAGGAAAAAGUCUGGAAGGAUAUAGAUAAGACCAUUGCUUAUCUGUAUCUUCCCAUUUUCCUACAUUGAAAAUGUGUUGUUUGUAUAAUUUAAAAAUUAAAAGUAACCAUGUUUUGAGAUAUAUAUGUAUAUAUGUAAAAGAAAUGGAAAGGCAGCACAAACCUUUCAUUACACUCUUAUUUUACAGGCAGAAUUUUACUCAGGCAGGGCAAAUUUUUGAAUGAAUAAAUUUCCCCAAGUGUCAAAUGUA